UCCAGUUGAUCCUACGAAAUACAGAUAAUCAUGCCACCGAGCGGACCAGACGUCAUAAACAGCGUUUUACGCUUUGUCAAAUUAUCCGACAAGGCGUUCGCACCUAUGAAGGGUUCCUCUGCUGCUGCCGGCUACGAUCUACGCAGCGCCUACGAAUACGUCAUACCGCCUAACGGGAAGGAGCUGAUAAAGACGGACCUACAAGUCGAAGUGCCAAUAGGAACGUACGGCAGAGUUGCACCUCGCUCAGGCUUGGCGUGGAAGCAUCACAUCGACGUUGGUGCCGGUGUGAUAGACGCUGACUAUCGGGGAAACGUUGGCGUAGUACUCUUCAAUCACAGCAACACAGAGUUCAAAGUUCUACCUGGAGAUCGAGUAGCACAGCUCAUCUGUGAACGAAUUGUUUAUCCUGAAUUGGAAGAAGUCAGCAGUCUAGAGUCAACUGAAAGAGGAAACAACGGUUUUGGAUCGACUGGAGUGAACUAAGAAAAAGAUGUCCUAUAUUUAUGAUCUAAACUUUAGAUAUAAUAUUCGUUGAUAAGAUUGUGCUACAUUACAACUAGACUCGUGUCAUAUUGUCAUUAUUCUUAAACUUUCAUCUUGCAUUAGAUUUUUCGCGUUUUUCUGACAAUGGCUUUGUUUUAGAUGCUUCAUAUACUGAUUCAUUAUUGACAAUCAUUUCAUUAGUAUAGUCUCGUCCAGAGCAGCUACGUUUCAGUAAUUCCUUAUUAGUGUUAUACUAUGUGUAGCUGCAGAGUACUUUACAUUCAGCCUCUGACAGAUC